AUGCAAGAUAAUCUGAUUGAUCUUCUCAGUCAUGACAAUAUUAUCAUGGAUGCUUCUCUAUGGACCUUUACAGGUGGAAGCUUGAGCACAGUUGAAACAUUGGCAUCAACUGCUAUUUGUGGAAUUAUCCACUCAAUAUUUGGUGGUCAACCUUUGUUAAUUGUAGGAUUUGCUGAACCAACUUGUCUCAUGUACACCUAUCUAUACAAUUUUUGUGCAAAAACACCAGAGUUAGGUGCUCAGCUUUUCUUGGCUUGGGCUGCUUGGUUUACUAGGAUUGCAGAAGAAUUAUUUGGCAUGCUAAUUACUGUGCUUUUCUUUCAACAGGCUGUAGAGGGACUCCUAACUGAGUUCAAGACACCAAAGGCUGCAGAUCCCUUGUUAGAGGAAUAUCAAUUUCAUUGGCGCAAGAAAAUGGUGAUACGGAACAGGGGGCAUACGAGCCUUGGCAAAGUUCCACCUACUGUUCCUAGAAGGUUGUUUUGUCCACUUCCUUGGGAUCCUGCAUCUUUCUACCAUUGGACAGUAAUGAAGGAUAUGGUAAAUGUACCAUUGUUGUAUAUCUACGGAGCAUUUAUUCCGGCAAUGAUGAUAGCAGGUUUAUACUUUUUUUAUCAUAGUGUAGCUUCCAAGAUGGCUCAACAGAAGGAGUUCAACCUUCAAAAACCAUCUGCAUACCACUAUGAUGUUUUUCUCCUUGGAAUAAUGACUUUGAUUUGUGGUCUUCUCGGUCUUCCUCCAUCAAAUGGAGUCCUUCCUCAGUCUCCUAUGCAUACAAAGAGUUUAGCAAUUCUUCGGAGGCAGAUGAUUCGAAAGAAGGUGGUGAAAGGUGCCAAGGAAUGCAUUAGGCACCAAGGGACGAACGCUGAAUUAUACGGAACGAUGCGCUCUGUUUUCAUAGAAAUGGAUGCAGUGCCCACGGCUAGAGAGUUGGAGAAUUUGAAGGAUGCUGUAAUGAAUACUAAUCCUGGUACAAAGGAAAAGUUUGAUCCUGUAAAACAUAUAGAUGCGUAUUUGCCUGUUCGAGUUAACGAGCAAAGAUUGAGCAACUUAUUGCAAUCUGUCUUUGUUGCCUUAUUACUAUUAGCUACAUCUCUUAUCAAAAGGAUACCUACCUCAGUUCUUUGGGGAUAUUUUGCUUACAUGGCAAUUGAUAGUCUUCCAGGGAAUCAAUUUUUUGAGAGAAUUUUGCUUCUUUUCAUCACCCCGAAAAGGCAGUACAAAGUUUUGGAAGGCACUCAUUCGUCGUUUGUGGAGUCAGUACCAUUCAAGACAAUAGCUGGAUUUACAGCUUUACAGCUUCUAUACUUUUUUCUGUGCUAUGGUUUAACAUGGAUACCUAUUGGUGGAAUAUUGUUUCCAGUACCUUUCUUCCUUCUCAUAAUGCUAAGAGAGAAACUGCUUCCAAGAUUAUUCAAGGCAAGCCAUCUUCAGGAGUUAGAUGCUUUUGUUAAACAUCGUCCGGCCAAAUAUUCUUUUUGUAUAAAACAAGAUGAUUGGGAUAAAUUUGUAGCCCAACAUAUGACUGCAAAGUUUCAGUUAGUGAUGAGAAUCGAGAAAGUAGCUGAGAGUCGACUACCUAGUGAUAAAGGUUCUUGCAACCCUGGAUCAUUUGGCAACAUUCCCGAGGUAAUUGGUUCUUGCAACCCUGGAUCAUUUGGCAACAUUCUAUGA